GUGGGAGAGCGGAUGGCAAGAUCGGUCCGACUACCGUCCGCCUUGCGUCAGUUGUCAAACAGACCAUGCUCACACGCUGUUCGCUGGCCGCGGUGUAGAUCAAUGGCGCUACACAGUCCCGUCUCCGUGUGUGACUACUCCGAACUGCGCACCGUGAAAUGUAGUUCUGAUCCCUCACCACCAAUGUCGCCCGAGAAGAAGACGUAUAUCCCACCAUCAUCAGAGACCAUCCAGACUAAACCGUUCCCGAUAAGAGGGGAGCGAGCGAACUAUGUCAACAGCCCCCAUGUCAUUGCCAUGGUGGGUCUCCCUGCUCGGGGAAAGACCUACAUAUCGAAAAAGUUGUCUCGUUAUUUGAACUGGAUUGGUAUCAACACUAAAGUGUUCAACCUAGGAGAGUACCGACGACACGCAACAACUGCAUACAAGAGCCAUGAUUUUUUCAGGCCAGACAAUAAAGAGGCCAUGGCAAUACGGACUCAGUGUGCCAUGGAUGCUCUCCAGGAUGUUGGACAGUGGCUUGAAGGAGGGGGAGAAGUAGCUGUGUUUGAUGCAACUAAUUCAACUGCUGACCGACGACAAUUGAUCCACGACAUAAUUGUGAAGAAGAUGGGCUACAAACUGUUUUUUGUUGAGUCAGUCUGUGACGAUCCUAAAAUCAUUGAACAAAACAUCAUGGAAGUAAAAGUCAAUAGUCCAGACUACAAAAAUAUGAACAUGGAUAUGGAUUCUGUUCUCAAGGAUUUCUUAAUGCGUAUUGAGCAUUAUCAAGAACGCUAUGAACCUCUUGAUGAAACAUUGGAAUCAAAUCUUUCCUUUAUGAAAAUAUAUAACACAGGAGAAAAGGUUGUUGUUCACAAACAUGAAGGCCAUAUCCAAAGCAGGAUUGUCUACUACCUUAUGAACAUUCACAUAGUGCCCAGAACUAUUUACUUGACUCGGCAUGGUGAAAGUGAAGAAAACUUAAAAGGGCGAAUUGGCGGGGACUCAGAUCUUUCAUUCCGAGGCCAGCAGUAUGCUGAAUCACUUUCUCGCUUCAUUCAGCAACAAAACAUCCCUAAUCUACGAGUAUGGACAUCAUGGUUGAAGAGGACAAUUCAAACAGUAGCUAAUGUACCAGCACCUCAAGAGCGUUGGAAGGCACUUAAUGAAAUUGAUGCGGGUAUAUGUGAGGAAAUGACUUACGAAGAAAUCGCUGAGAAGUACCCAGAAGACUUUGCAGCACGUGAUGAGGCAAAAUUCACAUACCGUUAUCCCCGUGGGGAAUCAUACGAAGAUCUAGUAGCCCGCCUUGAACCAGUCAUAAUGGAACUUGAGCGUCAAGGCAAUGUACUUGUUGUUAGCCAUCAAGCUGUGAUGCGUUGCCUUCUUGCUUAUUUCUUGGACAAAUCAGCUGAUGAAUUGCCCUACUUGAACGUUCCAUUACAUACUGUGAUAAAAUUGACACCUGUAGCCUAUGGAUGCAAAGUGGAUUAUAUCAAGUUGCCUAUUGAGGCUGUAGACACACAUCGGCCAAAGCCUAAGGUUGCUGGCUACCUGGAGGAACGGUUCAAGCGAGAAAAGCUACAAAACUCAGAAAAUUGCUGAUACUGGUGUAGCAUAUUGUGGUAUGUGAGACACAUCCUUCACCUUAUCCUCAGGCAAGGUGAUUUUCAGUGAGGUUUGCUCUUUGGAGCUUUCCACAGAAUACUAGAUGGUCAGAGCAGGGCUCUUACUGGACUAACAUCUGACAAUGUUUUGGGCUUAGAAUUUGUCUCUGGUCUAAGAAAAAAAUACAUAAUUAAAAAUGCCCCUAUUGAUUCAGUCUGUGCCAAGUGCUGUGCUCCUAAUCUUACUACUGUUUCUGAAUGAAGGAAAGAUAUGCUGAUGUUGGCUCUACAUUGCCUUUCCAUCUUGGAUAAUUUAAAAAUCUCAUCAUUCUGCAUUGUAUGACUUACAAUGUUCAUUGCAUUUGCAUCUCGAAUUAUGUCAUGACAAUUUUAGGGGCUGAAAAGUGCAAUAUAAAUACAUAAAUGCUUAUUUUAUAGUCUGGGUGAUAAACAUAUUUUGUAUAUGUUUUCUUGUAUAAACUGUAUAUAACAGGAGGUGAGAGAUAUGGUCUGAUGCAAAUGGAGUGUGCAAUGGCCAAAUUGCUUCUAUCAUUUGUUGGUAAAUGUUUGUUUCUUUAUUUCAUCUUUAUUGGAGAUUAUAAAUGUUAACAUUAUGGCAAACAGCUCAAAUCUCCACUAUUUAAAUGACUAUCAAUGUACUUGAUUGUCUACCAAAAAAAUAUUUUCUCCCUAUUGUUACUGUUUUAAGCAUUUUGUUUUAUUGAGUAGUGUAAGGUUUACAUGUAGAUAUUAUGAGUUAAGAUAAAUUUACUAUUAUACAUAAAUAUUUAUGUUUGUGUGUGUGUAUGUGUGUUUGUAUGUGCAUGAAGCACCGAUUCUGCGUAAUCUUAAUAAUGAAGACCCUUACAUAAACUUUCAUUUUCAUCUUUUCAUAUCAGGUUUAUAGUUAUGACCAUUCCUUCCCCUCUGGAACUCAAUCACCAGACUGUCCUCAUUUCAUUCAGAAGUCUGAGGAUUCGUAAUAUGAAUACAGUUCUGUGUUUUCAUCUCUCUUAUUUCAUUUACUAUAAUAUUCUUUUGCUGUACUGCAUUAGCACCAUUUUUUGAAAUUUUAGGUCAAUCAUAACUGAGGUAGGUUCAAUGACGUUUAGUCAACUGUAGAGUUUACAACUAAUCUCCCUAAAAAUGAUAAUUGUGUUUGAGGGCCCCAUGUUGUCUUAGUGUGCUAAACAUAGCGCUUGGUCUUGAAUGUAACAUUAUUCUGGUGUAGGAUUGCAUUGAUCAUGUACAUUAAGUCUUCAUAUUGCAUUCCAUCCAGAAUUUCAAUUUUAUCUACAAGAAUAUCACUUGGCAUUUUACCCACUGUUGUUUUGCUUUUACAUGUAGGGUGAGGCGCCUUUAAACUGAGGACAAGUUGUUAUGGUUUGCUUGUGAAUAAUUUUUGAAAUGUCCACAAGAAAAAGGAAAUUUUUUAAGAAUGCAAGCUUAACGGUUGUGUGUGUGUCAGAAAGUACUACCGAUGGUGACUAAAGCUUAUUUGAGUUGUAUAACUAUACGUAGUACCUGCCUUGAAAGGAAAAUCCUGACUGUUAGUACCAAAUGCAACAAGUACUGAUUUUAUUGUAGUUUCCCCACCCAUGCAACCAUAUAUGAUAGUCUCAGUUGCUUAUGGAGCUGCUAAAUGGAGUAAAUUAUCAUCUAUUAAUAGAUACUAAAUUUCUUCUCACCAACAUUCUUGACUUAAAUAAAACAAACUUGAAAUUUUCUUGUAAGGACUUCAGAAGAAAAAAGACUACACUUGAGUCUGUAUAUACUUAAAUUCACUAGAACCAAUAUUUUUACACUGACUAAAGAUGAGAAAGUAUGAGAUACAACUGUUGUCCAAUUAAAAUUCUAAAGAAAAAUAAAUAAUGUGGCAUCACAAAUCUUAAAAAUAAGGUUUUGUCUUCUCUUAAAUGAAAUUGUAUUUUAUGUGCUUCUCUUCUAUUUCCACUAAUUCAAAUUAUAAGGUAUUCAGAUAAUCUUGAAUGUUCUAAUUAUUUCCAUUUAAUGCCUAGAGCUCUGUGUAAUACUUGCUAAUUUCACCUUGCAUUUGGUGCAAUUAAAACAGACUUAUGAUGUGGACCAUUCUGCAGAUUGCACUGAGUAAUAAUUUCAUAUCUUGGCUAGAGCGCAACAAGGUAUCAUAGCAGACAAUAUUAAAACAAUGACAAAGAGAAAAUUGCUGUUAAAAAACCUGACACAAUUGCAAGGGUCUGUUCGCUCUCGGCUGAUGUGUGUAACAUGUUAGAUAAUACUUUCUUUAAGAUACUAAAUGUUUCAUGUAAACACACUUGUUCAUUAGUUGGAAUCUCAUGACAAUCUUAGAUUCUUUUACCAAUUUUAUAAAAAGAAUUUUAUUUCCUACAUAUUUUAUCUUUAUUCUCCGUCUCACAUCUCUAGAUUGACUCAAUUUGGAUGUUUGAAUGUCUAGCUCUCUCUAAAGAGAGACAUGGACAGAAAAGGUCUUACUUGAGUUGUCAAAAUUCAAUUUGAUUUUCAUGAUCUCUUAAAUAUCAAAACUAAGCAAUGUCAGGCAAGUGUAAUUAUUGAGACUACACAUACACUGCUAAUGGUCUCACAUUAUCAGUUCCCACCAUGCAUUCAUGUAACUGAUGUUGCAUUUUCCUAUGUGGUUUAUGAAAAACUGAUCUCUUUCAUAUAUCGCCCAUCAAUUCUGUGUUAGGCUCAAUAAUGUGCCUAAUAUCUAAGGGACUUUAAGGCAUGGAAUUAGUGGGACCUGAUUGUUAUUGCUUUGUAUAUUUUAUUUUUAUUGAAAUGUGUGAUAAUGAUGGUUGUUUACUGUGGUUUCUAGGAAUCCACAAUUUGUGAUAUGUAGUGGAAAGAGACAUUCAGUUUUGGUAAAAAAGUACCUCUCUAUAUUUCCCACACAAUUUCUACAAAACACAUUCUCUCAUCAAACUACUUUUUGUAGGCCAACCCUAUAUUAUCCACCUGUCCAGAAAUAAUAAGUGUUUCUAGUUGGGUUGAAUUAAAUGCGUUUAGAGGACUGGCCAUUGUUAGACAUUGAAUUGUAAUUACGUUUGUCUACUUGUCUGUGCUUUCCUUCUGAACUUUGUCAUCCAGGUUUCCUGCCUUGCGUCUCCAUCCCCAUUACUAGUGAUUAUAGGAAAGGAAGCUAUGUGAAAUGUUAAACUCUAUAUGUCAGUUUCCGCACGGAUACGUUGCAGUGUAAAUGGUGUUUGACGUCUCUCCCUGAGCAAUGUAAAGAGAAGUGGUGGAAAAAUGGCGAAAUAAAGUGAUAAGUGAAAAUUU